CUCAUCCCGCCCCCACCCACCGGCUAGACAGUCAUUUAAUAAGCAGGAACCUUCAGCUUCACCCAUCAGGACCGGGACGGACAUCACUCUAGAGGGAUUUCUAUCGUCGCUUCACUUCCCUCCACGUCUCCUCUCUCCUGCUCGACGUAGCAGCUCUCAACCAUGAAGGGAAUGAUUCUCCAGCUCAGCCGCAACCUGAGCCGCGCCGCCCCUGCUCUUAGUCGCAGCGUCCACUCUGGCACACGUCCUGCCUCCACCGUCGCAACCAAACUGAGGUCUGACCGUCCGCUCACCUCGGAGGAAAUCUACUUCCGCGAGGACAAAUAUGGAGCGCACAACUACCACCCACUACCCGUGGCCUUGGAGAGGGGGGAGGGCAUCUAUUUGUGGGAUGUGGAAGGCAGCCGGUAUUAUGACUUCCUGAGUGCUUACAGUGCCGUAAACCAGGGCCACUGCCACCCGAAGAUCAUAGCCGCGCUCAACGCCCAAGCCUCCAAACUCUCCCUGACUUCCAGAGCGUUCUACAACAACGUGCUGGGAGCCUACGAGGAGUACAUCACUGGCUUGUUUGGCUACGACAAAGUCUUACCCAUGAAUACAGGCGUUGAAGGUGGCGAGACGGCCUGCAAGCUCGCCCGCAAGUGGGCCUACGAAGUAAAGGGGGUUCCCAAAAAUCAGGCCAAAAUCAUUUUUGCAGAUGGAAACUUCUGGGGCCGCACCAUGGCAGCCAUCUCCAGCUCAACUGACCCCAGUAGCUACGAAGGUUUCGGCCCCUACAUGCCCGGCUUUGAGAUCGUCCCAUACAACAAUAUUCCUUCACUGGAGAAAGCUUUUCAAGACCCCAAUGUUGCUGCUUUCAUGGUGGAGCCCAUCCAGGGCGAGGCUGGGGUGGUGGUGCCAGACCAGGGCUACCUCACCAAAGUCAGAGAACUCUGCACCAAAUACAACGUGUUGUGGAUCGCUGACGAGGUGCAGACGGGCUUGGCGAGGACUGGCCGGCGCCUGGCUGUGGACCACGAGGAAGUUCGUCCAGAUAUCGUGGUUCUGGGCAAAGCUCUCUCUGGAGGAGUUUACCCUGUGUCUGCUGUGCUGUGUGAUGAUGAGGUGAUGCUGACCAUCAAGCCUGGAGAACACGGCUCCACUUUUGGCGGUAACCCCGUGGCCUGUCAGGUCGCAAUCGCCGCACUUCAGGUGAUUGAGGAGGAGAAGCUGGCAGAGAAUGCCGAAAGGAUGGGAGUGCUGCUGCGGAGCGAGCUGAGUAAACUGCCCAAAGACAUUGUGACAGCAGUCAGAGGGAAAGGCCUCCUCAACGCCAUCGUCAUCGAAGAGACUAAAGACUAUAACGCCUGGAAGGUGUGCCUGCAACUUCGUGACAACGGCCUGCUGGCCAAGCCCACCCACGGUGACAUCAUCCGCCUGGCCCCUCCCCUCACCAUCAAAGAGCACGAGCUGCGCGACUGUAUCGACAUCAUCCAGAGAACCAUCUUGUCCUUCUAAACUAGAACCCAAACUACUCGACAACAAUACGCAGACGACUUUCCACCUGAUAAUCAUAAUUAACAGGUUACGCUAAACAUUUCAGUAGUUUUAUUUCUAUUUUUUUAGACCGGAGUUCUUGGACGGUAGAAAUACAGUAUAGAGAUUGUGUGGAGUGUGCUUCUAUGAGGCUAUAUGGACACUUGUGUACAGAAAAAAAAAAAGUUCUGAUAGACUGCAACACAACUAUUUUGAAUGUUCUAUAUUUAAUUCUGAGGCUGACCCGAAUCCUUCGAAGCUUUAACCAAGUCGAUCAGAGUUUAAAUCUGUAUUUUAAUGCCCAAAAGUAUUCGGGAUAGCCCUAGAUAUAAUUUCCGCUGGUAUAGAUUGAUAUAAAUAGUCAAAGUGCUUUUCUUCAAUAAAACCUUAAGGUUAUGUGAUGUUUUCAGGGACGCAGGCAGUCUAAAUUUACAAAGAUUUUAUUAAAGUUUUCUCCUCGGAGGCAUACAAUAAAGUCUGACCGGCUGAUGUGCAGGACUUUAAAAGUUGAAAGUACACUGAAAUAUAAUCUUGUUUACAGUCAAUAUAUCAAACCGAGUUGAGUAGUCUGGUAAACACUGCUGAACUACUGCUGUCUGAGAACAUGAACCUUGUGAGACCAGCCUUGUUGCAUAGAGGGCCAGCUAGUCUGGGUAUUUUUAAGAGCUCCAGAGCAGGUGUUUGCACAUUUUGUAAAAGCCUUUCAAGUCUUGGAGAAUGCUGUGGGUAUUUUAGUGCAAUUGAAAUAAAAUUCCCGGAAACCGUUUGAAGUACUUUUAAUUAACAUUACAAAUGUGACCUGUAUCUGUAGUACAAUGUUGUCAUUGAACUUAUUGAUAAAUGUUUUCUCUGUUACAAAACAAUGUCUUUCAAAGGCAAUGUCACCUUUUAGUUGUUGCACAAUCCAUUGAUCUUCAAAUAAAUUAUUGCAGUCUUA